AUGGCUGUGCUGCACCGAGCUCUGUUCACCUGGUUCAAUCUGCUGAUAUUCCUGAUACUGCUCGUGCUGAGGCUCGACCACAGGAUACAAUGGAACUGGUUCAUCGUCUUCAUACCGAUGUGGCUCUACGACAACAUUCUCCUCGUCUACAUCGCAUUUCACAUGAUACUCUCCUGCAAGAACACCCACGAGCGAGCCGUUAGCAUUCGCCGGACGGUAUGGUACAUGAUUGCCGUGCUCAUCAAGUUGAGCGCGCAGAUACUCGUCUGCCUGAAGCUAGAGACUCUGCAGUGGACCCUGCCGGCCAAGGCCGUGCUGGCGCCUUUCUGGGCCCUCUUCGCCGCAUUCUCCGUCGACGUCUUUCUCAAUCUCGUGCGCUACUCCAGAUACUAA